AUGCUACUGAAACGGUUGGAAACAAAGCUUGACGAAAAUCAGCCUUUGGGCAAUAACGCACUAGCGGCCAGGCUGCAGCGGCCAGCGAGAUGGAUUCAUUAUUAUGAAAUCGCCAUGAACCACGCGCACCUAGCCGCAUGCGGCCAGCGGCCCCAUCGAGCCGCGGCGGCCAACGAGAUCGAAGCGCAUCUGCGGCCCGUGGUUGGUCGCUGCGGCCACUGA